CGUUCUGGUACUUGUAGUUCUUUUUACACCCAUCUUAGCUCUACACUCCUAUCACAACAUGCCAGGUGAAACCACCACAGAGACAGUCCCAGAGCUGCAACAGUCACAGGCAGACACUGUGUUGAGAGUCGAUGGGAGUUGUAUCAACAAACCAGUUUCACUACUUGAGGUUACCAAGGAAAUGGCUGAUCCAAACCCCACUGUAGCUGCCGAAGCAGUUCAAGAUUACACUGAGAAGGUUAAGGACAAGCUGAAUGAAGAAGAGAUUGUAAGCCCUGUUAAAGAAGAACCAUCAACCCAAGACCAACCUACUGCUGUGCCAGAGGAAGACGGAGGGACCGCUGAGGAAGAUGAGCCAACUGUUGAAGUGCCAAAGGUUGCUGUUGAAGAACAAGCUAGGCAAGUAGUGCCAGUUCCUGAAGCCACCAUGGAAGAGCAAGAAACUGCUUCAGAAUAUCUGACGCCACCUGAAGUGGUUAAAGCCCCUGAGGUUGUGAGCAUUGCAGUCCAACAAAACGAAAAGGCCAGUCAGAGCGAGGAACCCAAGGUGAAGGUCCAGACUAAUGAUGUUAAUGGUCAUUCCAGGUCAUUUGCUAUUCAUUCAGACUCUGCUUCCAAGGUGCUCUACUCCUUUACCCUGUGCUCUUCUACCAGACACCCUAGCCCCCUAAACUAACAAGACUUAAAGUGGGACCACGCCUCCUCUGUCCUCUUCGCCCAAAGCUGUGCCUUCUUUCGACACCAAGCGCCCAUCUCCAACCAACCCUACCUCCUAAGUCUCUCGCCACUCUUUACUGCUCCUCCACUACCCCCUCUUCACACUUGGCUUCGCCCCCUGUCGGCUCUCAUUUUGGUGGCAAGGACCAGGCCACCCCACAACCCAAGGUAAUAAAAUCCGGGGAGCCAGGGAAUACUGAGAGGUUUACUAGGUCUAAUGUUCUUCUAAACCUGUCCCUCUGGCUGACGCUGCCAACUGAAUCUAACAAUAUUGUGCUGUUACCUGACGCUCUACUACCAGCCAACUCUAACCCCGCUGCCCCAGUUAAUGCCAGACCAUUGCCUCCCACCAUGUCUGAGAGGGCCCCAGACACCACUGGAGCAGCUUCACACAUUCACAAACCCCCUGCUAUUCCUAUCCUCACCGGAACUAUCCUCUGCCUCGUACGUUCAGCAAGUGGAUGUCACUGCCGCCACCCUCCUAACUGAAGACGCUGUCCUCUUUUCCCCAGCACCUCCUGCCAUAGCUGUAGUAGCCUCCAAGGCUGAAGUUGUCCAUCCAGAGAAUUCCACAACCACUAAACCUACUGCCUUUCCAGUUCAGGUCUCAUUGUCAGAAGUGACGGCUGUUCCAUUGGCUACGUCGCCUGUUAAAGCCUGCCCUUUCUCUUUUUAAAGUGUUUUGCGAACAUGCUGCUCCUGCACCUAUGUCAUUCUCCACUGCUUUGCCCCCUCUGAGAGCUACGGAAGGUCAAGCGAAGGACCAGGUGCAUAAGGCUAGAGCUGUAUCUGCUGAGGCUUCUGUUGUGAAGAAUGAACUGCCCUGUGAGUCUGCAGCAGUUGACGACAGAGCUGAAGAGGUGUCCGUAGACGUGGCUGCUGAAGAACCAGCUGAGAAGCAGGUUGAUAUGCCUGCUGUUGCCUCUCUCCAAGCUUCUGCUACUGAGCCUCCUGCUGUUGAAAAUAUUCCCACCACUGUACUCCAGUUUCCUCCAUCUCCAUUUGAUAAGGAAACUCCUUACUGCCCCUGCUGGUGUGGUGUUUGUCCCUCCUAAACCACCAGCACCUCAAGCGUCUUUUCCCAGGCUGUCACCUGUCCAUGUCACCCCUCUGAUUCCACUAGACGAACCCGGCGGCGGCUCACCCGUAUUCUCCCGUCGACCCACACCAGUGGAGUCUCCCUCCCGUCACCUCCAUCUUUAUCACUGAACCCUAGGGCUGGGCGGUAUACUGUAUUUUAUGAUAUACUUACCUUCUAUACCGGUAUUUGAAUGUUUUUGUUUGUUAAAUGUGAUACGCCAAGUGUAAUGUCAAUUUGUAUAGUUUACUUGAGUCAUCUCUCUCCGCUCUUUCUCUCCGUGCCACUUUCCACAUAGACCUAGCCACACCCCUGUCACUCAAGGGGCGCAUUUGAUGUUCCUCAUCCACGGGACACUAGUCUGCAUGGCCAAUGCAGCACAUGCAACAAUGCUGUUUUCUAUUUGCUUCUUAAUAUAAAUCCACUAGAGUUCUAUAAUGACACUUAGUUUGUGUUUCUUACAUCAGCAAACAGCAAGUUUAUUUUCUUAGCGACUUGCCCUAAAUCUUGUGAGACGCUAAUUGUUAGCCACUAAUAGCUAGCUAGCUAAUAAAUGUACUGAGUAAGAGCAAACGUAGCAAGCUAAUACAGCCUGAUUAAUACCAGUGAUGGUGUAGACCUGAAUCAGCAUGUUUGUGCAACAGUAUCUUCUAAAUCAAAUAGGAAAAUGCAAAGCAAAUGUUAGCUACAGGAAGUAGCUAAGAGAAAACAUGCAAUGUAGCCAGAGCUUAUAGGGUCCCCUCGGAAACACUUAUCAACACUUUAGCUCCUACCCUGUCGCAAUAACUCCUCCCUGGCAUUUUAAUUCAUUGUCAUC